AUGAACAGAAUCAUUCAUCUGUGCUUGGCCUUGAUCGUGUUUUCCCUCGUCAGCCAUGGCCACCAUGAUGUCGAUCAUCACCACGAUCAUCAUGACCCUCAAGCUGCUAUCAAGAUCCAGCGCAAUAUUGCUCAUUUUGCAACUGAAUUCUACAAAAUAUUGUCUGCAAGAUCACAGGACAAGAAUAUUGUUUUCUCACCCUGCAGCAUUUCUAUAUUGCUUUCAGUUCUGUUGUUAGGGGUAAAGUCAAGCACCCAUGCAGAAAUUUUAAAGGGCCUUGAUUUCAACUUGACAGACAUUCAGGAAGAUGAGAUCCACCAGGGGUUUCAUGAUCUUCUCCAUCUGGUCAUACACUCAGAGAACGAUUUCAAGCUGGAUAUUGGACAGGGCCUGUUUCUAAAGGAAGGCAUACAACCAUUGCAGACAUUUUUAGAUAAGAUUAAGGAAUUCUAUGAUGCAGAAAUCCAAGCCACAAAGUUUCAGGAACCAAAAGAAGCUGAAAAACAGAUCAAUGAUUAUAUAAAGAAAAAAACACAUGGAAAAAUUAUGGAAAUAGUCAAGGAUCUUGACCCAGAAACUGUCUUUGUUCUCACAAACUACAUAUUCUUUAAAGGUAACUGGAAGACUCCAUUUGAUUCAAAGCUCACAUGGCAAGAGGACUUCUUUGUGGAUCACAACACAACUGUCAAAGUUCAAAUGAUGCACAGUACCGAUUGGUUUUACUCCUAUUUUGAUAGCCAGCUGUCUUGCAGAGUAUUGCAGUUAGACUACAAUGGUACAGCUACCACAUUUUUUGUUUUGCCUGAUCCUAAAAAAGAGAAGGAAUUGGAUGAGGCUCUGUCAAUAAAUACUCUGACGAAAUGGGCAAAAAAUGUACACAG